AUGGAGUCGCUUCUCCAGCAAUCUCGGGCCAUGUGCCCUUUUCUCAAGCGGACUUCCGCCGCCACCUUGCGGUCUCUGUCCACCGCUACCCGCCCCAGCACCAGCCCCGGCGGUGGUACUAUGUCCAACCUGCAGGUUCUCGCCCGUCGAUGCCCCGUCAUGAGCAAGGCUCUGGCCGUCCAGAGUGCUCGCAUGGCCGGUACUAAGCGAUUCACCUCCUCGGCUGCCGGCGUGACCGCCAACCACAAGUAUCUCCGGCCCACGGCUCCCCGACGGGACUUGCACUCGACCAGCGGCAAUGGCGCCAACCUGAGCCCGGACGUCUUCAAGGAUUCUCAGAGAGGCCAUCCCAACUUGUCUCGAGCUGAACGCCGUCCCGGCUUUGCCCCCGCAGCGGUCUCCGGGCCUCGCCCCGAUGCACCAGCGACCGCACCUUUCGAUUACGACAACUUCUACCGCACUGAAUUGGACAAGAAACACAAGGACAAGUCGUACCGCUACUUCAACAACAUCAACCGCCUGGCGCAGGAGUUCCCCCGGGCCCACACGGCCUCGCAGGAAGAGCGCGUGACUGUCUGGUGCUCCAAUGAUUACCUCGGCAUGGGACGCAACCCCGAAGUCCUGAACUCGAUGCACAAGACUCUCGAUACCUACGGCGCGGGAGCUGGAGGCACUCGUAACAUCUCCGGACACAACCAGCACGCUGUGGGAUUGGAGAGCACCCUGGCCAAAUUGCACGACAAGGAAUCUGCUUUGGUCUUCAGCUCCUGCUUCGUGGCCAACGAUGCCACCCUAGCGACUCUGGGCAGUAAGAUGCCGGACUGUGUGAUCCUGUCCGACAGUCUCAACCAUGCGUCCAUGAUCCAGGGCAUCCGCCACUCGGGCGCCAAGAAGAUGGUUUUCAAGCACAACGAUCUGGUCGACCUGGAAACGAAGCUGGCCUCGCUUCCUCUGCACGUUCCCAAGAUCAUCGCCUUCGAAUCCGUCUACAGCAUGUGCGGAUCGAUCGCCCCCAUUGAACAGAUCUGUGACCUGGCGGACAAGUACGGUGCCAUCACCUUCUUGGACGAGGUCCACGCCGUGGGUAUGUACGGCCCCCAUGGUGCGGGCGUUGCCGAGCACCUCGACUACGACGUCUACGCCUCCCAGGAUACCGCCAACCCCCGCAGCACCAAGGGCAGCGUGAUGGACCGCAUUGACAUCAUCACGGGCACGCUGGGCAAGGCGUACGGCUGCGUCGGCGGCUACAUCGCCGGGUCCGCGGCCAUGGUCGACACCAUCCGCUCUCUCGCCCCUGGCUUCAUCUUCACCACGUCGCUGCCGCCCGCCACCAUGGCCGGAGCCGACACGGCCAUCCAGUACCAGUCCCAGCACAAGCGGGACCGCGUUCUGCAGCAGUUGCACACUCGCGCCGUCAAGGCGGCUCUCCAGGAACUGGACAUCCCCGUGAUCCCCAACCCGUCGCACAUCGUGCCCCUUCUCGUCGGCGAUGCCGAGGUGGCCAAGCAGGCGUCUGACAAGCUGCUCGAGGAGCAUGGUAUCUACGUGCAGGCCAUCAACUACCCGACCGUGCCCCGCGGCGAGGAGCGACUCCGCAUCACGCCCACCCCUGGCCACGUCAAAGAGCAUCGCGACCACCUGGUGCAGGCCGUGCAGGCCGUCUGGAAGGACCUGAACAUCAAGCGGGCCAGCGACUGGGAGGCGCAGGGCGGAUUCGUCGGCGUGGGCGUGGAAGGCGCUGAAGCCGCCAACCAGCCCAUCUGGGAAGACGCGCAGUUGGGACUUCAGGCCAACGAGACCAUCGAGGCGGCGGUCAACCGUGAAUUCCGCGAAGAAGCGGCCCGGUUGCUGGCUCCUCACAUGCAGACCACCAAGCCCAGCAGCCCUCUGACUGCUCCUACUUCCAUUCCUGUUGGAGUGGCGGCUUAA